UUUUAAAGAUCCGUGUGAGGGACUGGGAGACGGUCACGAGCGCAGGUACGCACUCGCUUCGACACAAAAACCACCAAGAAGCACCCGCUGGAGUCGGAGACCAGUUUGUCUCCUGCCGUGGUUCGACCCGCUCUCCGUGCUGUGGUCCGAAGAUGUCCCACGUCCAGUUAUCGAGCAGCGCGCGGGAGAGGCUGGUGGCCCGCAGGACCUUCCCCCUCCACAGGCGCACGAGCGCCUGCCGCAACCUUUUCGGACCCGUGGAUCACGAGGAGCUGAGCCGGGACACGAAAGCCAAGCUGCGGGAGCUUAUGGAGCGGGACCAGCAGAGGUGGAACUUUAACUUCGGGACCAGCACACCCAUGACCGGGGACUACGAGUGGGAGGCGGUGCCGGCGGAUAAGAUCCCGGCGUUUUAUCACGACACCGUGAACCGGAGCCCCUCCUCGGACUCGGCUGUCCCGGAGAGCCCGGCUGUAAAUGUUCUGGAGCGGUUAACGGUACCGGAGAGCAGCACCAGCGCUCCCAGUCCGGCGGGAGUGAACCAGGAGAAGCGGGUGGACAAAGUGAAGUCCGGGACUCAGAGUCCGGCUCCGUGCGUCCGACGGAAAACAACUUCAGCUCCUGACCGCGUCAACAACACGUGUGUAACAGACUUUUUCGUGAAACGAAAACGGGCUGGGGAUGAUACGAGCGUUUCUUGCCACCUUUCCACGUCCCCCGUCCCGGCGGAACAAACUCCGCGAAAGAGGAUCCGCUGAAGGUGCUGCGCUAUUUUGUCUUUUUGCACUACUUUCCUGCGCAUUAUGAGGAUCUGUUUCUUCUGAAAAAAAAAAAAAAAAA